UGUGCAAAACAAUUACAGUUAUGUCCGAACAGUCCGUCCGCUUCUCCAAAAGUGAUACCAAAAUCAUGACUGAAGUCUCCAAUAAUCCAAACAAUGAAGCGCCUCUCAAGAAUGGCGGCUCAUUGGAUCCUAAUGUAUACGCAACUAAAAAGACAAUUGCCCAGGGUAUGCUAGACGUCGCCCUCUUGACAGCUAAUGCCAGUCAAUUAAAAUAUUGUCUCCAAUUGGGCAAAAAGAGUCAAUUCUACUAUCUUAUGGUCACUUUAAUAAGCACUUCCAUUGUAUUACAGACUGAA